GUGGCCAGGUGCGCGGGGCGGCCGCGGGUCAGUGCGAGCGGAGCGAGCGGCGCCAUGGGUCCGAUCCCGGUGCUGCUGCUGGGCCUGAUCCUGGCCCCGAUCCUGGGCGCACAAGUGACCUACGCGCAGACAGGCACGUGCGGGACGCCGGCGGUGGUGGGCCGCAUCGUGGGCGGCGUGGCGGCGGCAGCGGGGCAGUGGCCGUGGCAGGCCAGCCUGGCACUCAACGGGCAGCACGUCUGCGGCGGGUCGCUGGUGGCGCCCAGCUGGGUGCUCACAGCUGCCCACUGCUUCCCCAACGAGCACAGCCUGGAGGAGUACGAGGUGCUGCUGGGCGCCUACCAGCUCUCCAAUCCGUCCUCCGAGGUGCAGGCGCGGGCCGUGGCCGAGGUGCUGAAGAACCCGGCCUACGAGGAGGGCGGGUCCAGCGGGGACCUGGCCCUGGUGCGGCUGCAGCUGCCGGUGGUCUACAGCCGCAGCGUACAGCCAAUCUGCCUGCCCGCCGCCAACCUCUCCUUCCCCAGCAACACCCUCUGCACCGUCACCGGCUGGGGCAACGUGCUCAGCACCACCAGCCUGUCCGCGCCCAAGACCCUGCAGCAGGUGGAGGUGCCGCUGAUCAGGGCCGGCGCCUGCCGCUGCAUGUACGCGCGUGUGCCCAGCGCGGACCCCCCCACCAUCAGUGAUGACAUGGUAUGCGCCGGCUACGCCCAGGGCCAGAAGGAUGCCUGCCAGGGUGACUCCGGGGGACCCCUGGCCUGCCGCGCUGGUGCAGCCUGGCUGCUGGAGGGGGUGGUGAGCUGGGGCGAGGCCUGCGGCGCCCCCGACCGCCCAGGGGUCUACGUACGCCCGGCCGCCCACGCUGCCUGGCUCCGCGCCCACCUGCCCGAUGUGGAGCUGGUGCCUGGCGAGAACGGGGGGGGCAUAGGGAUGGAUGAAGGGGGCAGUGAGUGCCCACGGCCUGGCCCGUAUGAUGGUGUCGAGGCCCAGCCGGGCUGGGCCCAGCCUCUGCCCCCCGGCCCCCAUGAUGGAGCCACCUGUCCUGGCCUGGCUGCCCAGCUGCUCCUGCUGCUGCUGCCGAGCGCCCUGCUCCUGGCCGAGCUGGCUCUAUAGGGGACCAGCCACCGAAGCCGGCGUCCGGGCUCCCCUGGUCUCACCACCCUCCUAGCUUCCACUCCGUGCCCAGAAAACCCAGGUGGCCAGAGGACCUGGCCCCCACCAGCCGCACCCUGGGAGACUCACCAAUCCCAGCCUGCUCCCGCUCCAUUUCCUCCUACCCCACUGCUAACACCAGUAGGGCAGCUUCUCUCAUCCCUCCCCCUUCCUGCUCGCCUCCCCCAGCUCCUACCAAUCAGAGCACCAAUGCCAGCCAGCUAUCCCACAGCUCACACCAGUGAGGGAACCCCUUUCAUCCCACUGCUCCCACCAAGCGGAGAAGUCCUCUCAUCCCACUGCAACCACCAGUGAGCAGCUUCUCUCAUGCCACUGCUCCCACCAACACUGUCCUUCCCUGCCCACGCCCAGCUCCCACCACUGGGGCAGCUCCUCUCACCCCCCCACCUUUAACCCCCAACCACCCCACUCUCCGCAGGGCGACUCCGGGGGACCCCUGGUCUGCCGCGCUGGCGCAGCCUGGCUGCUGGAGGGGGUGGUGAGCUGGGGCGAGGCCUGCGGCGCCCCCGACC